CCUUUCAACAGUAAAAUAUGAGUUUCCCUGUCUUUCAAACCGACAAAGGAGAAUAUUAGCUAGGUUACAGAAGACCAAAGACACUUCCUGUAUGCCAUUUUAUUAUUAAACAGUAAACUUAUCUAUUAAGCUAAAGCUAGCAUAAGCUAACUGUAGUUCCUGUAAGGGUUCUUGUGCUGUAGGACACAGAGGGAAGGGCAUACACGUUUCUUUUCCUCUGGGGCAGCCGGACUUCAGAUGAACUCCACAGGUGAUACUGAGCCAGAAGAAACCAACAUACCAUCAGGCAGUGCCAGGGUACUUGCUUUGACAGUGUGUUCUGCAGCCAUUGGAGGCACCUUCCAGUAUGGCUACAACAUCUCAAUCAUCAACGCUCCAACUAGCUACAUCCAGGGCUUCAUUAAUGAUACCUACAUGGAGCGCUGGGGCACAAGCUUGGACAUCUCUCAGGUGACCCUAGUGUGGACUGUGAUUGUAUCAGCCUUCUCACUGGGAGGUUUGCUAGGUGCACUGUUAGCAGGGCCUAUGGCAGUCCGCUUUGGGAGAAAGAAAUCCCUGCUUCUGAACAAUUCCUUCCUGUUUGUUGGCACUGUGCUUGUGCUAAUGUGCAGGAUGGCUAAAUCAUUUGAGAUGAUCAUUCUUGCUCGAUUUUUGGUGGGGAUGAACUCAGGUGUAAGUAUGAACAUCCAGCCUAUGUAUUUUGGUGAGAGUGCUCCCAAACAUCUCAGAGGUGCUGUGGCUUUUUCCUCUGCUGUUUUCACUGCAUUUGGGAUUUUCUUGGGUCAGGUUGUGGGACUCACUGAGCUGCUGGGCACAGAGCCUCUUUGGCCCUACUUACUAGCUAGUAACGCUUUGCCGGGCUUGAUCCAGCUGCUUACCCUACCCUGGUUCCCUGAAAGCCCCAGAUACCUACUCAUUGACCGAGGAGACAGGGAGGCUUGUGUCCAGGCACUUGGGAGACUCCGUGGCGGGGAAGUUCCUGUCUUGGAGAUGGAAGAGAUGCUUCAGGAGCAGCAGCAACAGUCAACAGCCUUAAAUCCUGGAUCUGCACCUUCUGCCAAGACGCCUUGGUCCCUGUUUAAGGAUCAUGACCUGCGAUCCCAGCUCAGAACAGUCAUGGCUGCCAGUAGUGCCAUGAUGCUCUGCGGCAAUGACUCCAUUUACUUCUAUGCUUCCUACAUCUUUCUUGAAGCAGGGAUCCCACCAGAGAAAAUCCAGUAUGCCACCAUCGGCACAGGGGCAUCUGAGUUCACUGCUUCUAUAUUAAGUAAUCUCCUGAUUGAACGUGUGGGCCGCAGGUACCUUCUUGUUGGAGGGUACAGUCUUAUGUGUUGCUGGACUGUAGUCUUCACUGUAGCUCUUACCCUCCAGAGCCGCGGGGUGGCUGGGAUGCCCUACCUCAGCAUGGCAUGUGUUUUCGCCUACAUCCUUAGCUUUGGCUUGGGUCCUGCAGGGGUGACGGGGAUCCUACCAGCCGAGAUCUUCGACCAGGCGGCUCGCCCGGCAGCGUAUAUGGUUGCUGGUUCUCUUAUGUGGAUCAGCCUGUUCUUGGUGGGAAUGUUGUUCCCCUUCAUCGUCAACAGCUUGGGGAACUUCUGCUUCCUGCCUUUCUUGGCCGUAUGUUUUGUGUCCGCUGUGUUUUUGGGGUUCACUUUGCCAGAGACUAAAGGCAAGACGUUGGCUGAGAUUACUGCAGAGUUUGACAGAAAAAAAGAAACAAAGAAAGAGAGGCCAGAGAAGCAGGUGGAUGAGCCCAUUAUGAAUCACUACCAACCGGGUACAGCCUGCUCCUUUGAUACCCUAACGCAAGAUCCUGGUCCUAGCCAUAAAAAUGGGGACUGAAAUUUGAUAUGAUCCAGUAACAGAGGGAACAAACCAGGCUGUGCCUUUGUAAUCACUUAAUGCACUGUCAGACAGAUUACUCCAGAGAUGUAAUGUGAAGUUUCCUACUUAUGAAAGACAAUCUCUGCAUAAUGACUGACAAUUCAGUUUAAUUAUGGUUUCAUCAGCUGAGUCCUCUAAGAUUCUGUAUCUGUUAACUGGAUGUGUAAAGUAGAAGUGCUGUACUUAACAUAAUACUCAAGCAAGAGGGUGUUAAAUUGUUUAAAACAACCAAAGAUGCUGUUUUCUCUCUUUCAGUAAUUACAUACAGUAGGAUUACACAGAAUAGGCAUCCAGCAGUUCACUGAUGCUCUCAAAAGCGAUGACAUCAUGAUCUGUUCUCUAUACAAAGUCUCUUGUCACAUAACAGCAUAACUGUGAUCUGAAUAUGAAAUUGUCCUUUCAAAGAGUUGCAUACAAACGUCCACUCACUCUCCAGCAAACGUAGAAUAUGAGGAGGUUUAUUGUACUGAGUUUUCAAAUCUGUCCUAUCGCCCGUUCAUUCAGCACACCCUGCCUGAUCAACUAAAAAGCAAUGUGAUGGGCAUGAGAAACAUUCCCAGGUUGUUCACAUCACAGUUCACCUUAUAUUACCUCAAUCAGCUGUUUGUCCUCACUGUUAUGAUUCUGUUUUUUUUUUCCUCAUAAACAUGACUUUAUGCCUGAUCGGCAUUUUGAAUUACUGUACCUUUAUAUGUUUAAGAAAUUCGUGUAGCAACAACAACUGCUGACAAACAGCUUUUUAAAGAGCUUUUAAACCUGGUCUACUCUCUCUGCCUCUUCACUGAGAAACAUACAUUAAGUAAUCAUCUUGAGUCCUGAUGCUUGUUUCUAAUAUCAAGGAAGCAGUCAAGACAAUCAUAUACCUCAAAUGUAGCUUCAUUCAGACCCACUCAAACUCUCUGAAGGACUUUACAGUAGACCCUCACCCUAAUUCAACACCUCUGCACUGGGUAGCUAAUGGUGCUUGUUUAUUGUGUCAUCUGACUAUAUUCUCUGUUUUGUUGACUUAUCUGUCCAGUUCAGUGAUUCAUGUUUGUGUACAAUUUUCCCAUUCUGUGAUCCAAGUGGAAAUAUUGACUUGAAACUCUGGAAGUCUGGACUGGACUGUACGUGUAUUUGAACUAUAUUAGUUAGACUCGCCUGUCAUACAUUUAUCUGCAUGAUGUCCAUCAGGACAUUUAUUUAUUUACUGAAAUGAAUAUCAAAAAAAAAAACCCUAUGGUACUGCUACUAACUGCAUGUACAAAAGGAAUUUAACCACCGUCUGAAACAUGUUCUGUGUAUUCGAGCAAUUUAUGAAUGCAGCACUGUAAAUUGACCAGUAGGUGUCAGCAGUGUUCUUGGCUUGCUCUCCUUUAUGCACUCAAAUAUAAAGCUGUAUAAUAGCAAAGUGAAUCACAGAUGUAACAUCCAAGUGAGGAUGACACUUUUAAAUUCAACAGCUGUCAGCUCACAACCCUUCCAGGCCUUCUGUUGGCCAUCUGUCAUUGCUUCUGUAUGCUCUCUUUAUCAGUCUGUGUCACUUGAAUCAUUUCUUAGAAUAGCAGAUAACUAUAUAUUUUAUUUUAUUAUUUUAUUUAAGGUGCUUUUAAGAUUAUAGCAGGAAAAUGUAAAUAUAGUGAAUCUUUCGCCACAAAUCACCCUUCUACUUCCUGGAAACGUCUAUUUUCAUGCUGGAUUUAAGGUAAAGAACCAUUGUUGUAGCAUGUCGAAGGUGCUGUGCACAGACUGAAUGAAACUGCUGUUAUUGUAUGACACCGGCUAUCCAAAGCAUGUUAUAAGAGUAACGAUAUGGUAAAAACCACCCUGUGUAAUUCUCAGGUUGUAUUAUAUAGUCAAUGAAAAGAUUUAUUUUUCUCUGGCUGCAUUUAUUUAUUAAAUUCUAUUUAUUCAAUGCAAACUAUUACUAUAUGUACAAUGAUAAAAUAUAUGUGCAAUAAUAAAACAUAAAGGUGCUGACCUACACCAUGA